AUGGCUGGUGGCACCGUCAAAUACCGCCAUUUGAGUCGCGACUCGGCAGCCCGCCAGGCCCUUCUUCGUGGUCUCGUCACACAGCUCGUCCAGCAUGAGCACAUCCAGACAACGCACGCCAAGGCCAAGGAGGCUCAAAGACUUGCUGAGAAGCUCAUUACACUGGCGAAGAGGAAUAAUGAGCCCUGCAAAAGGUCCGCCCAGGGCAUUCUAUACACUCCCCAUCUUCUCCUACCGAAGCUCUUCGGCGAGCUACGGGAACGCUACUUGACACGCGAGGGUGGUUAUACCCGUGUUGUUCGUACAGAGCCUCGCUCCAGCUACGACCAGGCCGAGACGUCUAUUCUCGAGUUCGUUGACGGUCCCAAGGAUACCCGCUUCAUGAUGACGGCGAAGACAGUGGCCAGAGAUCGUUUAUUAGGCCGAGAUAGCACCCCUGUAACAAGAACGAACAUCAAGAAGGUCACUCAGUUCCGCGGCAACGAUGCAUUUGAAGAUAUGGUGCGCCGAUUUAUGGUGAUGAGCACCCAGGACCCAGAUUCUACCCCUGCCUCCAAGCAAGAGUCGGAGUCUCUCAAUGCCGAGUCGGACGAGAUUGCAGAGAAGGAGAGCCAUAAGAGCGCCACUAUGGGCCCCAUUAUUGUGCCCAGGGCACACAAGAAGGCAACAGCCAAGACCACACAGUCAUAA